GUGCAGAAAGGUAAACAGUGAUCAGCUGACUCUGGCGGCAGGAUGUUCUCAGCCAGACUAUCGUUUAAGGCUCUGGAGCUAGGGAGGCCAAAGUGGAAUUACAAAUGGCUCUCACAAGUGUCUGCAUCAACGUCUCGUCUUCAGGUUUUGGACAAAGGUGGAGUUCGUCACAUUACAUUAGCGGAUCCCAAAACAAGAAAUUCACUGUCUCUGAAAAUGGUGCAGGAGUUGCAUGCUGCUGUGACUCGAGAAGAUCCCGCUCUGCGAUGUAUCAUACUGGGAGCGCAAGGCAAAGUCUUUUCAGCUGGCCAUAAUCUAAAGGAGCUGACACUGAAGGAAGGCCGUGAUUACCACCAGAAAGUGUUCGAUGCAUGCACAGAGCUGAUGCUCACCCUGCAGAAUAUACCGGUUCCUGUUGUUGCCAAAGUCAAUGGUAUUGCUGCUGCUGCUGGGUGCCAGCUUGUGGCCUCCUGUGACAUUGUUAUAGCUACACACAAUUCCUCCUUCUCAACACCUGGUGGAAGUGUUGGUAUAUUCUGCUCUACACCUGGUAUUCCACUGGUGAGGAGUGUUCCACGAAAAGUAUCUGCUCACAUGCUGCUCACGGGCCUGCCCAUCACAGCGGAAGAAGCUCUACGUGCUGGUCUGGUGUCGAAACUUGUCUCCGAGAAUGAACUAGAGACCGAGACUCUGAGAACAGUUGAAGCAAUCACUCAUAAAAGUAAAGCAGUGAUUGCACUGGGCAAGAAAUUCAUGUAUAAGCAAAUGGAGAUGGGAAUUGAGGAAGCAUACAGUGAAGGAAGCUGUUUGAUGGUAAACAAUGUUAAUAUGAAGGAUGGACAAGAGGGGAUAGGCAGCUUUAUAGAGAAGCGGAAGCCCAGCUGGUUCCAUUCAGACGAGUAAAAUAUUAGUUUGGUUACCCCAAAACAUACAGUAAUGUUGUCCCAAUAACUACAACUACAAAGUUUCUUACGUACAUAUAAAUUGGCAGUCAGUUAACAAAGUCAAAUGAUUCGAAGAUGGUUCUGUAUCUUUCAAAAUCUUGUAAGUGGCUGUAUCUGGUAAUUUGUUAACACCUUUCCUGGCCUGGCGGGCCACCCGCAUUGAACCACAAGGUAGGCCGGGCAUUCUUGAGGUUAUCUUGAGAUGAUUUCGGGGCUUUAGUGUCCCCGCGGCCCGGUCCUCAACCAGGCCUCCUUCCCCAGGAAGCAGCCCGUGACAGCUCACUAACUCCCAGGUACCUAUUUACUGCUAGAUAACAGAGGCAUCAGGGUGAAAGAAACUCUGCCCAAUGUUUCUCGCCAGGGCCCGGGAUCGAACCCGGGACCACAGGAUCAUGCGUCCAGUGUUCUGUCUGUUCAGCCGCCCCUAUUGCUGGUGAAUACUGAACAUUGCUGGUGAACACACAACCCAAUGUUAAAAACUGUCACUCUCAAUGUUUAUACUUAUUACUAAGAAUAAGCAAAAAUUAAUGGAUGACGGUGUUGACGUCAUGCCCCGAACUGAGCGUGUUGUUUUGAUGACUGUGAUAAACAUCAUCAUGACAUCAAAGUGUUAAAAUUUUAUUAGUCCGUUUAUUGUUACGUGUUGUAUCAUGAGCUAUCAUCCAGCUGUUUUAACCUCUUUAUUUGAUGUCUUAAUAACCAUCUAUACUGUUGAAGAAGAUCUAUGAAUUUUACUACAUGUAUAUUGUAAUUUUAUAACUAUUAUAAACUAUUCCUCAAAAUUUCCAAUUAUUUUCUGUCUAAGACAAUUGUAGCUUAGUAAAAAUGGAAUUUUUAAUUAGAGGUGACAGAAUAAGAACCGAGAGUACAGAAGUAGAGUUAGUGAGUCUUAAGGCAAUAAACAGACAAUUCUGAACAAUACGCAGAGAUAAUACUGUACUAGUAAUGGUUGAAAAGUGCAGAGAAUGUUUAAAGUUUUGUAACAUGAUACAUUUUGGGGCGCCUGACAGCUGAGUGGACAGCACUUCGGAUUCGUAGUCCUGAGGUUCCGGGUUCAAUCCCCAGUGGAGGCGCAGACAAAUGGACAAAAGGUUUCUUUCACCCGGAUGCCCUGAUCACC